CCAGGCACCCCUUUAAAGCACCCAUCAAAAGUGGCAAGCAUAAUCGGCCCCUCUGUGCCCAUCACCAGCUUCAGCAGAUUUCUGCUGAUCUUUCUUUUCGUCUGUUACCCUACCCUCUACUGUGCAUUUUUUUUUUUCGGUUUUAUUCUGCUAGAUACUUUUAAGCAAAUUCCAGACUUUAUAUCAUUUCAAUUAUAUUACUGAUGGUACUGCUGUUUCUGGGGUCCAUAAUCUGUUCCAGUGCCUCCAGGAUCUGUCCUGUUCUGUGAGGGAGGAGGCAUGAAGCCCAUUUCCCAGGUUGGGAACACUGAGGUGGCGGGGAAUGGGCUUUGGCAGGUUGUCUUUUCUCUGCUUUCCCUUCUUUGGGACCUUGGUGAGGUCCUGGUCUUGGCUACCCUGGGGCUUGGACCCUGGGGUGUUUCUGAUGACAUGGGUUUGGGAUUUGUCACAAGUAUGUCCAGUGUGUGCCACUGUUCUGCCGUUCCGCACAGAAAUGUCCCUGUAACUGGCGAGUUGGAGAAGUUGGGCCAGUGGCAGGGUGAUGGACAGGGUGACCCCGGAGGUGAGGGCAACUGGGUCGGCUGUCCUGGUUUGUGUCCUCUUGCGGCCCCUUCCAGCCUUGUGACUUGGAGCAAGUUAUUUCCCAUCUCUAAACCCAGGUUGGAGAAUCAGGAGCAUAUAAUAAUACGAGAAGCUUCUUUUGAGAGCCUUGGCAUCCGUUUUGUGAAUCGCGCACGGGAAAGCGUUUUACCAGUGCCUUGCUCAGAGGAUGGGCUCAGCAGCUGGUGGCAGUCAUUGUCACAGUCACUGUCAUUAGACAUUCUGUGUGUACUUGGACUGUGGGUAACCACAGGGUAAAGAGAGUCAGAGGAAGUGUCCUUGGAGCCCUGGACAGGCUCAGCCGCCUCGGUCCCCUCCUCUUGACCCCUCUGUCCCUCUGUACGUCCCCUUCGGAGUGCUUCUUAUAUUUGGAGGAGCUAGAGGGGGCUGCUGACUUCUGGCUGACCCCCUUCCUUACCAGCCUGGGUCCCCUAGGCUCCAGGCUGGCUUGGAAACAGAGCGAGAGGAAAAGGUCUGUCUGUGGCUCCCCGGAUCCUCAUUCAUGACCCCUGCGGCCCUGGAGGGAGCCCCUAGUGCUUUGCAGCCUGGAGGCAAAGUGUUGCCCAUCCCCCCAGGACACCUGCAGUGGUAGCUCCCAGGAACCCCCUUUCCAGAGGAUGGGUGCUGCCUCUUGUCCUCUGCUGGACAGGCAGAUGCCCCCAGCUCCUGCUUCACAAAGGGGUUGUGACAUUUUACUGCACUGACACCUCCCUCCUGUCCUUUGUAGGACCUUACCCAUCCUUGAACACUGUGCCCACCCCCCCAGGCUGGGUGAGGGGCCUUUUAAGCUCCUUACCCUCCCCUAGCAAGCUCUUGCCACAGGGGCCUGACUUGUCCCCAGAAUGUGCCCAGUGACCUCCCUCCUGUGUUGAGGGAAAGAUGCGUACAUAUGUAUGAGUGAUGCCCCCCCCCCCAUCAUCGAAGGAUAAUUUACAUGUGAUCAGAUGUGGAGUCGAAGUGCAUCUCAGCAUACGUGGCCGCCUGUGUCACCCACAUGCCUGUCAAGAUCCAGAAUGUUCUCAGCAUGGGCCAGGAGUCCCCUCACUGCCCUCCCCUGCCCACGGUUGCUCUAUGGCUCUGGCCUGUGUCCGUCGAGAUGGGUCCACGUGGCCUCUUCUAGAAUUUUACACACUGCGGUGUGAGGUCCUUGGUGCUGAGCGUCUCUGGCCCGGUGGCAUGGCUUUCAGAUUUAGCCGUGUCGUGGGCCUUCCCUUUGCUCACAGAGCAGGAAUGCACAGGAAGGCUGUCACCUUCUUUCUCUCAGCAGAGAGAGACCCUACCCGCCUUCCCUCAGGAAGUCUCAGCCUCCGAACACCCCUCCUCUGGCUACCCUGCCUGGGCCCCCAGCACCCUGAUCUGGGGACGCCGUCCCAGUUCACUGACCAGCCCCUCCUCCCCCCUCUGUAUCCCGCUUGGGAUGUAGUAGGUCUCCUGUGAGCUCUUCGUCAGGCCUGGCUUUUUCCCUAGACUCUAAACUGCAGUAGGAGAGAAACAGUGUGCUCUGUGUUCUGAGCUCCUGGCAUGCACUUGAGCCCUGAUGUUUGUUGACUGACUGACUGACUGAAUGGUGGACGUAUCACAGUGGUAGAGAAAGGGGAGGUCAGAGCCUGUGUUUGGGAUCCGUGUGCUGGUUCUCCAGCAGUGACCCACCUGCUUCCAAAUCACCAGAGGUGUUUGUGCUCAUCUCAGGGCCCCAGUUUGCUCAGAAGGCCACCUCUCAGAGUUGCAGGGCUCAGCCUGCAAUCCCCUCCCCUGGGACGGGGAGCCAUGGGUCUUCCAGCCACCCCAGAUGACCUUUCCAUGCACAUUGUCUAUCCUGCCAUCGCUGCCUCCCCACGGCCCUAUCUGUGGUCCCCGUGUGCUCUCCAGCAGGAGUCGGAGCCCGUGGGGCACAUUUGGACCAUGGCCAGCCCUUUGCGAUUUCCCUUCCAUGGUCCUGUCUCAUUUAGACCUUUCUGAAGCAGGGGGGCAUUAUCUCCAGGGAAGCCACAAACUCAUCCAUCCUCCCUGCAAGGUGAAAUUCCUCUCAGGGAUGCUCCUGAGCUUGGGAAGGUCAGGAGGAGGCAUCAGGCCAGGCUUCCUGGAGGAGGGGGUUUCUUGAGGACAGGCUUUGGGCUCAAGGCUAUUCCCAGACCCCAGGAGAACUGCUUUAACACCCUCUUGGAGGGUGGAGGGACGCAGAGGGGAGAGAUGCAGAAUGGAUGAACUGUUGGGGUCACGCGUGAGAGACGGUGAUGUUGAGUGAUCAGUCCCCCGGGAUGGGGACAGUUCCCAGGGAGAGGACAGGAGUGAAUGGAGAAUCAGCUCCACUGUGUAUUGGUGGAACUUUUCGUGGCCAAAACAGGACGAGAAGAGGAGGGCUGGGAUCAGGCACUGUCCCCGUCUCAGGAGCAAAGGGAGAACUUCCAGAAAGGUCUUAGCUUAAAUGGACUUGAGGGGGGCUUCCUGGGUCUGAGAAAUAGGUAGGGGCAGAACCCAGACAGGAAUAGGGUGAAGAGCCAGAGGAAGGGGAAGGAUGGUGUCAUGGAUGGAUGAUAGAAGGAAGACGAGAGCUCCUAGCAGCCAGACCUUUAAAAAAAUAAACUCUUCCUGCACUCUUUGGCUCCCUAGUGCCCUCAGGUAGGUCUGCCCCUUCCCUCUUCUGACAAAACCCUGGUCUGGUGGCCUGAAUUUCCCUGACCUUUUCCCCUUGCCUUCUUCGUGCCCCAGCUGGUUCCUGCCCCUGCACCUUUGCCCUUGCUGUGCCCUCCACCUCCCCAACUCCUUUCUGUUUCCAACAGGCCUCUGCUUACAUCCCCCCCCCCCCGCUCCAGGAAGCCUUCCUUUGUCAACCCCGGCCCAUUGCCUUCACUUCACUGAGCUUGUUCCCGGGUUAGGAUUUCUCCCCAGCACCUGACUGAGAAUAAGCCUGUGAUCAGGGUUUCUUGAACCAGUGAGGGCCAGGCGACCUUCCUGUGGGUCUUGGGACGAGCACAUUGGAUCUUCUUUCUAGGAGCUGAGCAGGCUCAGUCUCAGGAGAGGAAAGGAAAGGAGCCAAGGAAGAUUCUAGAAGAGCAGGAGGGGGUGGUACUGGGUGGGGCUCAGGAGUCACCUUUUCUCGAAGGUCAGAAGGUGAGGAGCAGGGUGUAAAGGCAGAAGAAAGGUGGUACAGUUGGGAAGGACUUUGGGGGUGGGGGUCCGUGCAGUGUGCGGCUGCCUGGGGACAGAAACAGAGGUGGCCGGGGUGGGGUGCGGGGUGCCCCACAGUACUGCCAGCUCGUGGCUGGGGGCGAGCCUUCCUGCUCGCCACUCAUUACAGGAGAGUCACCUUUUACCGCAGACAUUUCCCCAGAGAUCCGCACACUUGACGCCACAUUGCAGCUUCGGGCCAAAGAUGUCGGGGGAUGUGGACCCAGUUAGGAGCUUUGCCCAGGUUGUCCGUGUAGCAACAAGCCUAACAAGCAGCACUGUGCCAGGCACCAGUCCAGGCCCUUUACGAGGACUGACUCAUUGCACAGGAGAACCUGCAGAGGCAAGUGAGUGAGCAUCCCCAUUUUACAGAUGAGAAAGCCAAGGCCCAGAGUGGUUAAGUGACUUGCCCAGUCACACAGCUGCUAACGGGCAGAGUGGGGAUUCCCCCCCGCAUGUGGUUUGCCCCCCACCAGCUGCAGCACAGGUCUUUAGCCGUCAAUCUUGCCACUUCCUAGUUACAGCCUCCCCCCACCCCCCACCACCAUGAGUAAGCCACAAUCCCGGAAGCUGCCCUCCCCCCCCACCACCACUACCCUCAGCCUUCCCCGGGUUUGCCCUGAGAUCCAGCUUGGGCCUCAGCUCAGCCUUCGGGAGCCCGGGCUCAGCAGGGCUCCAUCCCUCCCUCUUCUUUCCCUUUUUACCCUCUGUGGUGUCUUCAUUAACAUAAGCGAGGCAGCCGCCCAGCUUCCUCCAGACGGCGGAUGUGUGUGAGCUUGCUUGUGAGCUGGUGUGAGUCAGCCGGGCCCUUGAGGGCUGGAGGGUCAGGACUGCAGGCAGCGCUGGCCUGGAGCCACCCAUGGGGAUGGGGAGCCAGAGCUCCCCACCCCCGGCCCCACCAGUUCUCCGAGCCUCAGUUUCCCCAUCAGUCAGCAAGCCCUCCGGCUCGGUGACCUCACCAUCAGCAGCAGCCCCACGUUCAUGGCAGUGCCCGGUAGGCAUGCUGGCCCCCAAAAGGACACUCCCCAAGUCCCCAGCUGGGGGCCCCGCGUAGACCUGGAGUGGACACCCCCUCCUUCCCUUCAUGAUUCGUUUGUAGCGCAGUGGCGAUGGAUGAUGAGGACGGGAGAUGCUUACUAGACGUGAUUUGUGACCCUCAGGCCCUCAAUGACUUCCUACAUGGAUCCGAGAAGCUCGAUGGUGAUGACCUCCUGGAUAACCCCGGGGAAGCCCAAAGUGCCUUCUAUGAAGGUCCUGGGCUCCACGUGCAAGAAGCUUCUGGCAACCACUUGAGCCCAGAGCCCACGCAGCCGGCCCCCAGCGUGGACCUAGAUUUCCUGGAGGAUGCGAUCCUGGGGUCGCCGGCCGCGGGGGGCGGUGGCGGGGGCGGUGGCGGCGCGGACCAGCCCUGUGACAUCCUCCAGCAGAGCCUCCAAGAGGCCAACAUCACUGAGCAGACACUUGAGGCUGAGGCCGAGCUGGACCUGGGUCCCUUCCAGCUGCCUACCCUGCAGCCUGCGGAUGGUGGAGCCGGCCCGGCCGGUGCCGGAGGGGCUGCUGCCGUGGCCGCUGGGCCCCAGGCCCUGUUCCCGGGCGGCCCGGACCUGUUGGGACUGCAGGCCCCACCCACCGUGCUGACCCACCAGGCCCUGGUGCCGCCCCAGGAUGUGGUCAACAAGGCCUUGAGUGUCCAGCCCUUCCUGCAGCCCGUGGGCCUGGGCAAUGUGACCCUGCAGCCCAUCCCAGGCCUCCAGGGUCUGCCCAACGGCAGCCCCGGGGGCGCCACGGCGGCCACGCUUGGCCUGGCCCCCAUCCAGGUGGUGGGCCAGCCUGUCAUGGCACUCAACCCGCCCACUUCCCAGCUUCUCGCCAAGCAGGUGCCUGUCAGCGGCUAUCUGGCCUCGGCAGCCGGCCCCUCAGAGCCCGUGACCUUGGCGUCUGCCGGCGUCUCGCCCCAGGGGGCUGGCCUAGUCAUCCAGAAGAAUCUCCCCACAGCCGUGGCCACCACGCUCAACGGGAACUCGGUGUUUGGAGGGGCAGGGGCAGCCACGGCGGCAGCCGGCGGGGCGCCCUCGGGGCAACCGCUGGCGGUGGCCCCUGGCCUUGGCACAUCACCGCUGGUCCCAGCGCCCAACGUGAUCCUGCAUCGCACGCCCACGCCCAUCCAGCCGAAGCCCGCUGGCGUGCUGCCCCCCAAGCUCUACCAGCUGACACCCAAGCCCUUCGCUCCAGCGGGCACCACGCUCACCAUCCAGGGCGAGGCGGGGGGCCUCCCACAGCAGCCCAAGGCCCCCCAGAACCUGACUUUCAUGGCAGCAGGAAAGGCCGGCCAGAACGUGGUGCUGUCGGGCUUCCCCGCACCUGCGCUGCAGGCAAACGUCUUCAAGCAGCCUCCUGCCACCACCACCGGGGCCGCCCCGCCCCAGCCCCCCGGGGCCCUGAGCAAGCCCAUGAGCGUCCACCUCUUGAAUCAAGGCAGCAGCAUCGUCAUCCCCGCUCAGCACAUGCUGCCGGGCCAGAACCAGUUCCUACUGCCGGGCGCGCCUGCCGUCCAGCUCCCCCAGACGCUCUCGGCCUUGCCCACCAACGUUGGCGGGCAGAUCCUGGCAGCCGCGGCCCCACACGCGGGCGGACAGCUCAUCGCAAACCCCAUUCUCACCAACCAGAACCUGGCGGGGCCACUGAGCCUGGGCCCCGUGCUGGCCCCCCACUCCGGGGCCCACAGUGCCGCCCACAUCCUCUCGGCUGCCCCCAUCCAGGUGGGCCAGCCAGCACUCUUCCAGAUGCCUGUGUCGCUGGCCGCGGGCAGUCUGCCCACGCAGAGCCAGCCGGCCCCCACCGGCCCUGCCGCCACGACUGUCCUCCAGGGCGUCACUCUGCCCCCCAGUGCCGUGGCCAUGCUCAACACCCCCGACGGGCUGGUACAGCCGGCCACCCCUGCCGCCACGGGAGAGGCCACACCUGUUCUUGCGGUGCAGACAGCCCCCCAGGCACCCCCGGCGGUCAGCACCCCGCUGCCUUUGGGCCUCCAGCAGCCACCGGCGCAGCAGCAGCAGCAGCAGCAGCAGCAGCCGCCACCGCCCCCGCAGGCCCCUACCCCUCAGGCCGCCGCCCCGCCUCAGGCCACCACCCCCCAGCCCAGCCCAGGCCUGGCGUCCAGCCCAGAGAAGAUCGUCCUGGGACAGCCGCCCUCUGCCGCCACCACAGCCAUCCUCACUCAGGACUCCCUGCAGAUGUUCCUGCCCCAGGAGAGGAGCCAGCAGCCCCUCUCCGCAGACGGCCCCCACCUCUCCGUGCCCGCCUCGGUCAUAGUCAGCGCCCCGCCUCCCGCCCAAGACCCAGCCCCGAGCACCCCCAUCGCCAAAGGAGCUGGCCUCGGCCCUCAGGCCCCGGACAGCCAGGCUUCCCCAGCGCCGGCCCCCCAGAUCCCGGCAGCGGCUCCGCUGAAGGGCCCAGGCCCCUCCUCGUCCCCGUCACUACCUCACCAGGCCCCUCUGGGAGACAGCCCCCACCUGCCCUCCCCACAUCCCGCCAGGCCUCCCUCCCGACCCCCCUCUCGACCCCACUCCCGCCCUCCCUCCCAGCCCCAGAGCUUGUCCCGCCCACCCUCAGAGCCCACCCUGCACCCUUGCCCCCCGCCCCAGGCACCCCCCACUCUGCCUGGCAUCUUUGUUAUCCAGAACCAGCUGGGAGUCCCCCCACCUGCCAGCACCCCAGCCCCUGCUGCCCCGGGCCCACCCCAGCCCCCCUUGCGCCCCCCAUCCCAACCCCCUGAGGGGCCGCUGCCCCCAGCUCCCCACCUCCCUCCCGCCUCCACAUCCUCUGUCGCGGCCUCCACGGAUGCGGCCACCAGGCUGCCAGCCCCUACGCCCCCUGACUUCCAGCUCCAGUUCCCGCCCAGCCAGGGGCCCCACAAGUCCCCCACGCCCCCUCCGACCCUCCACCUGGUCCCUGAGCCCGCCGUGCCCCCCCCACCGCCUCCUCGGACCUUCCAGAUGGUGACUGCCCCCUUCCCGGCGCUGCCCCAGCCGAAGGCUCUUCUGGAGAGGUUUCACCAGGUGCCGUCCGGAAUCAUUCUCCAGAACAAGGCCGGCGGGGCCCCCGCCACCCCGCAGACCUCCGCCAGCCUGGGGCCCCUCGCCAGCCCCACUGCCUCUGUGCUGGUCAGCGGGCAGGCCCCAUCUGGGACCCCCACCGCCCCCAGCCAUCCCCCUGCCCCGGCACCCAUGGCCACUGCAGGCCUCCCUCCCCUGCUUCCUGCCGAGGGCAAAGCUUUUGCCAGCAGCCUCCCGACCCUGAGUGUGGCCAAGGCCGCCGCCGCCGGGCCAGGGAAGUCCUCCGGGCUGCAGUAUGAGAGCAAGAUGGGCAAUCUGAAGAAAACCCCGGCCCUGCAGCCUAGCAAAGAGGCCUGUUUCCUGGAACAUUUGCACAAACAUCAGGGCUCCGUCCUGCACCCUGACUACAAGACAGCCUUCCCCUCCUUUGAGGACGCCCUGCAUCGCCUCCUUCCCUACCAUGUCUACCAGGGUGCACUCCCCUCCCCCAGCGACUACCACAAAGUGGAUGAGGAGUUUGAGACCGUGUCCACGCAGCUGCUGAAACGCACCCAGGCCAUGCUCAAUAAAUACCGCCUCCUGCUCCUGGAGGAGUCCCGGAGGGUGAGCCCCUCCGCGGAGAUGGUGAUGAUCGACCGAAUGUUCAUUCAGGAGGAGAAGACCACCCUUGCCUUGGACAAACAGUUGGCCAAGGAGAAGCCCGACGAGUAUGUGUCUUCCUCGCGCUCUCUUGGCCUCCCCAUCGCUGCCUCUUCCGAGGGACACCGGCUCCCUGGCCACGGCCCAGCACCAUCCUCAGUGUCCGGGGUCCCCACCCAGCCGCCUCUGCACCUGCCAACCAAGCUGGUGAUUCGGCACGGUGGGGCGGGUGGCUCCCCUUCGGUGACCUGGGCUCGGGCAUCCUCCUCCCUGUCCUCCUCCUCCUCCUCCGCUGCCUCCUCCUUGGAUGCUGAUGAGGACGGUCCCAUGCCCUCCCGCAACCGGCCUCCUAUCAAGACCUAUGAGGCCCGCAGCCGCAUCGGCCUCAAGCUCAAGAUCAAGCAGGAAGCCGGGCUCAGCAAGGUCGUCCACAACACCGCGCUGGACCCCGUGCACCAGCCCCCGCCCCCUGCUGCCCUCAAGGCAGCGGAGCCCCCACCCCGGCCCCCCGCGCCACCCCCUGCCACGGGCCAGAUGAACGGCACAAUGGACCACCCGCCGCCUGCCACCACUGACCGCAAGCCCACCGCGGCCCAGGCCCCCCACUGUCCCCGGCUGCCCCUCCGGAAGACGUACCGCGAGAACGUGGAGGCCCUGGGUGGCGGGGCCGGGGAGGGGGCCGGGAGCGGCAGAGCCCGGGGCAGCAGCCCCGCGCAGCUGCCCACCAAAGUGGACGAGGCCACCAGCGGGCUCAUCCGCGAGCUGGCCGCCGUGGAGGACGAGCUGUACCAGCGCAUGCUGAAGGGGGCGCCCCCGGAGCCCGCGGCCAGCGCCGGGCAGGGCAGCGGCAGCCGGGACCCCGGCUGGGAGGCGCCCCCAGCCAAGCGGCGCAAGUCCGAGUCGCCCGACGUGGACCAGGCCAGCUUCUCCAGCGACAGCCCGCAGGACGACACGCUCACGGAACACCUCCAGAGCGCUAUCGACAGCAUCCUGAACCUCCAGCAGGCCCCGGGGCGGACACCUGCACCCCCAUAUCCCCACGCCGCCCCGACGGCCGUCUCGCCUGCCUCCCCGGCGCCCCUGCACAGGCCAGAGGCCUACCCGCCCUCCAGUCACAACGGUGGCCUCGGCGCCAGGACGUUGAACAGAUAACACCGGGCUGGUCUUCGCUUCCUUGUCUCCCCCCGACACACACACCUCCCAAGUUGUGCGUGUGUGUUUGCGCGCGGACAUCGGGGGGCAGGGAGGCAUCUGGGCGCCUGACCUCAGCCUCGUGGGGGACGCGAGCCGGGGAUCCCCUGACAGUUUUUCUUGCCUAAGUUAUUUGAGUCACAAAGGCCUCCUCCCCCACUUCCUGCGUCAGCCGGGUUGUUGGGUGGGGGUCGCGGAUUGAGGGGAGGAGGCUGUAAUGUAAAAUGUGCCCCUGCCAAAGGUGGGGGUAAUCCCGGUGUGUCAUUUCCUAUUUCUUCCCGCUUCCUGCCACACUCCGCCCCUCCGUGGGGAAGGCGUGGUGGGGGGGGGGCACACGUGUGUUUGCCAGGGAAGGGGGUAACCUGGUCGUUCCCAAUGCUCCCGCGUGUCCCGGUACUGGGCUUGUCCGUGUGGCCGCACAGAUCGAGGCGUCGAAGGUGCUCAAAGCCUGGAGGGUCCUUUGUGAGCCUCGCUCAGCCUCUCCCUACCGCCCCCCACAGGCUGUAAAAGGAAAUGCAGGGAAGGGCGGGCGUCAGCCAGCGUCCCAGACCCCCUCCUCGGAGGGCUGUGCCCGCGGGCACCUGUGUCCCAUCCGCAUGUGUGCGUCCAGUUCCGUGUCCCGUGUCCCUGUGUGUGUGCUCGAGUGAGCGAGCGAGCGAGAGAGAGAGUGAGAUUUCGAACCCUCCCGGCCCCUCGACUGAAAUCCGAGCACCUCCAAAACAGGAAACCGGGGUCUUCCUCCCCACCCCGCCAUCCCUCCCCAGCCAGUCUUCCCUCUGUUCUUCCUGUCGCCAGCCACCCGCGCCAGAUUUUGAAAUCUCGGAGACAAAACUAGUACUGUAAGAUAAAUUUUUUUGUACUGUAUUUAUUGUGUAUAACAAUUUUUUUAAAGGAGAAUUCUGUACAUUUAGAACUCUUGUAAAUUAAAAACUGAUCCUUUUUUUAAAACUGUACUGA